AUGAUGUCACAGAGAGCUGGGAGGAUGGUGGGAGGUUGGCUUGGUGAACAGCAUGUGGGUCCAAAUAGAGCUGGAAAGAAUAAAACAGUGAAGCCUGAGUCGCCUAGGUUUGGAAGCGGAUCCUUAAGGAUAACUAUCAAUGGAGAGAUCAAAGAAAAAGCAGGAAAGAUAGAAUUGAUGCAAAAUCUUCCAGAUGACAUGAUUGUGAAAAUUCUCUCGAGAUUACCCGAUAAAAAGGAAUCAGCCUUCCUCUAA